AUGGUUUCCCUCAAUAUCAAAUCACGAGUUAAGUUUUUCCUCUUUUUCUUGGAAAUUUCAACUGUGACUUCGAAAAACAAACUUUUAAAGUUAAUAGCUUUAAUUCUUGCAUCGAGUUACAUUUCCUUCUACUUUACCUUCUCCAUGACGAGCAUCCCCGAGCUCCUCGCUGCCGAAGGAUUUCGUAAAAUCGAGAUCUUAUAUGAAGUAUUGCCAGGCAUUUCAGUUGGAGUUAAACUUUUACUGCUUUUUCCGUAUCGCAAAAGAAUUAAACCACUCUUGAACGCUUUUGACGAAAUCGAUUUCACUGAAGAAGGAAAGGAAGUAAUGUUAAAGUACUUCACAAAAUUUAAGAAGAUACUUAAGAUUCUUACCUGUUUAUGGGGAUUUGCUGCAUCAGGAGGUAUUUUGGCAAGUAUUGUUCUACAAAAGAUCCCUAUCGAGAAUCAACGAAUUCCGGGAGUUGAAGCUACAGAAGGAGUUGUUGAUUGGAAGUUUAUAGUGACAGUAAUCCAACAAGACACUUAUAUUUUGUACGCUUUGUCUGCUUUCAUAUUCCUGGAUGGAUAUCCGUCGUUGAUUUUAGCUUUAAUUAGCGGAUAUUUGGAAGGAGUGGUAUUGAAAGUGCAAAAAAUUGGAUGGGCUGAGAAGGAAAGUAAUCAAGAAUCUAAAAGUAAAUUGAUAGAAUGUCUCAAAAUGCAUCAAAAGGCUUACGAACUUCAGACUGAAUUCUCAACAAUUUUUUCAAAAGCUCUAUUAGCUCAAUGUGCAAUGACUACUUUCAUAAUUUGUUCUCUCAUGGUUAAACUUUCUUUGGAGUCACCUCUAAAUAACCUUCAACUGUUCAUUCGAAAUAUCACAAUAAUAAUAAGUGUCCUUUACCAAGUAGCAAGUUUUAACUACAUGGGUUCACAAUUGAUAUCUUCAAAUGAAAUGUUAAAAAAUGCUAUUUUCGAAAUGAAUUGGGUUGACAAAGAUUUAAAGUUCAAAAAACUUAUGCUCAUGUUUCAACAAAGAACAGAAAAGUUAAUUCAAAUCCGAAUUGGUUACAUCAUAGUUGUCGAUAUGAGAAUUGUAACUGAAAUUUGUAACUUGGCAUAUAAGUUAUAUGCGGUUAUGAUGAAAAUCAAUCGAUAA